GCCCGCGGCCGGAACAGGUCAUGGACGCGCCGCGCAGCCGGCUGGAGCCGCCCCCGCUCCCGGAGUACAGCUGCAGCUACGUGGUGUCGCGGCCGGUGUUCAGCGAGCUCGCCUUCCAGCAGCAGCACGAGCGGCGCCUGCAGGAGCGCAAGACGCUGCGGGAGAGCCUGGCCCGCGGCUGCAGUUGUUCAAGGAAGAGAGGCCUUGGUGUGCUGAAGACUCUCCUGCCCAUCUUGGACUGGCUCCCCAAAUACCGAAUCAAGGAAUGGCUGCUUAGCGACAUCAUCUCGGGAGUUAGUACUGGGCUAGUGGGCACGCUGCAAGGCAUGGCGUACGCUCUGCUAGCCGCGGUUCCUGUUGGAUAUGGUCUCUACUCUGCUUUCUUCCCCAUCCUGACAUAUUUUAUCUUCGGAACAUCAAGACACAUCUCAGUUGGGCCAUUCCCAGUGGUCAGUUUAAUGGUGGGAUCUGUCGUACUGAGCAUGGCCCCGGAUGAACACUUCCACACAUCCAGCGGUAAUGGCACUGCAUUCAAUGCCACCGUGAUAGACUACGCGGCUAGAGACGCAGCAAGAGUUUUGAUUGCGAGCACCCUUACUCUUUUGGUUGGAAUCAUCCAGUUGAUAUUUGGAGGUUUGCAGAUUGGAUUCAUAGUGAGGUACUUGGCAGAUCCUUUGGUUGGCGGAUUCACAACAGCUGCUGCCUUCCAAGUGCUGGUCUCACAGCUGAAAAUCGUUCUCAACGUUUCAACCAAAAACUAUAAUGGAGUUCUCUCCAUCAUCUAUACUCUGAUUGAGAUUUUUCAAAAUGUUGGCAACACCAAUCUUGCUGAUUUCAUUGCUGGAUUACUUACCAUUAUCAUCUGUAUGGCAGUUAAGGAAGUGAAUGAUCGAUUUAAGCACAAAAUUCCAGUCCCUAUUCCUAUAGAAGUAAUUGUGACAAUAAUUGCUACUGCCAUUUCAUAUGCAGCCAACCUGGAAAAAAACUACAAUGCUGGCAUUGUUAAAUCCAUCCCGAGGGGGUUUUUGCCUCCUGUACUUCCACCUGUGAGCCUGUUUUCUGAGAUGCUGGCUGCCUCAUUUUCCAUCGCCGUGGUGGCUUAUGCUAUUGCAGUGUCUGUCGGAAAAGUUUAUGCCAUCAAGUAUGAUUACGCCAUCGAUGGGAACCAGGAGUUCAUUGCCUUUGGGAUCAGCAACAUCUUCUCCGGAUUCUUCUCGUGUUUCGUGGCCACCACUGCCCUGUCCCGCACUGCCGUCCAGGAGAGUACUGGGGGGAAGACUCAGAUUGCUGGCAUCAUCUCGGCAGGGAUUGUGAUGAUCGCCAUUGUCGCCCUGGGGAAGCUGCUGGAACCUUUGCAAAAGUCAGUCUUGGCCGCUGUUGUCAUCGCCAACCUGAAAGGGAUGUUUAUGCAGGUGUGUGACAUUCCUCGUCUGUGGAGACAGAAUAAGAUCGAUGCUGUUAUCUGGGUGUUUACGUGCAUAGCAUCCAUCAUUCUGGGGCUGGACCUUGGUUUAUUAGCUGGUCUCAUGUUUGGAUUGCUCACUGUGGUCCUGAGAGUUCAAUUUCCUUCAUGGAACGGCCUUGGAAGCAUUCCUAGCACAGACAUUUACAAAAGUACCACAAAUUACAAAAAUAUUGAAGAACUUGAAGGAGUGAAGAUUCUUAGAUUUUCUAGUCCUAUUUUUUAUGGCAACGUUGAUGGUUUUAAAAAAUGUAUCAAGUCCACAGUUGGAUUUGAUGCCAUUCGAGUAUAUAAUAAGAGGCUGAAAGCACUGAGGAAAAUACAGAAACUCAUCAAAAAAGGACAGUUAAGAGCAACAAAGAAUGGCAUUAUAAGGGAUGCUGGUUCAUCCAACGAUGCCUUUGAACCUGAUGAAGAUACUGAAGAUCCAGAAGACCCUGAUGUCCCAACCAAGGAAAUAGAGAUUCGAGUGGAUUGGAACUCCGAGCUUCCAGUCAAAAUGAAUGUCCCCAAAGUGCCGAUCCAUAGCCUCGUGCUUGAUUGCGGAGCUGUGUCUUUCCUGGAUGUCGUUGGAGUGAGAUCACUGCGAAUGAUUGUCAAAGAAUUUCAGAGAAUUGAUGUAAAUGUGUACUUUGCAUCACUUCAAGAUCAUGUGAUAGAAAAACUGGAGAAAUGUGGUUUCUUUAAUGAUAACAUUAGAAAGGACAUAUUCUUUUUGACCGUCCAUGAUGCUGUCCUCCAUCUACAGAACCAGGUUAAAUCUCGAGAAGUUCAAGAUUCCAUUUUAGAAACGAUUACUCUCAUCCAAGACUGUAAGGAUCCUCUUGAAUUAAUGGAAGCAGAGCUGAUUGAAGAAGAACUAGAUGUCCAGGAUGAGGCUAUGCGUAGUCUUGCUUCCUGAAAGUGGGCUCAGGAGGUUACUCUAAGCAAGGACUGAAAGGCAAGAUUUACCCACCGGUAGACUUCUAUGCAAACAUUUUCUGCAUUGACUAUUUCUUUGGACUUGAAACACUCAUUCUCUUUCCAUUUGAUUUUUUAAAAUCUUUGAUUUUUUUUUAACCUCUUAGCCAAUGAAAGAGAACCAGUAAGAUUUUUUUUUAAGGCUUUAUUUAUAAAAUAAAUAGCUUACCUCUAAAAUGUGCAAAAUGGUGAGGAGAAUUAUCCAGGUGAUUUAGCAAUGUCCAGGAUCUGCUGAUGUUAAGCUGCUGUUCCUCCACAACAGGUUUGCUAACAGUGUUCUCGUGGGUACUGCUGUACCUCUGUUUAGUUGGGUAAAUGUGCCCCAAACAGUCUCUGUGGGCAGGUGGACCAGGAAGGACUAUCAUAAAGAAAAAAUCCAUUUCUAACUGACUUUCGUCGCCAUCAGCUGCACUGGCCACGGUGUAGGGUCACACUGAAUAAAUGCAGAAAUUUAAUUAUUAAUGCAUUUAUCCAUAAAAGUCUUAUCACAUUUAGUAAAUACAUCAAUGAAGUUUUUAAAAUGCAAACUUAGUAGUUAAUAGUCAAUGUUAUUAUAUGUGACCAGAUAUGUAGCCAGAGUUAAAAAAAAAAAGGGGGGGGGUUCACUUAAAAACUACAGAACCAGACUGAUCUAUUUUAGAAACACUGAUUCAGAGAAGCGAAGCAAUAAGAUUAUUGUGGUGUGCAGAAAUCCUUUUUUGAUGAUGAUUGUCAUGGAUCACAAUUAAGAUCAAAUAAAAUAUAUGACAGACUCUAGAUUAAAGAUGCAGCUUUUAUUUAUCUUAGUUUAUAGAAAUGAUCAUCAUGUACAGGUCUAUAGACGUAUGGUCUAUUUAAAAUCUAAUGCAAAAAUUGUGUUAUUUUGAACAAAAAACCAAUUUUGAUAUAAGACUUAGUCUAUAUUUUUCUCUAAAACUUUAGCAGUGUAUGAAAUAUAUGAUCUUUAACAGAAUUCUGACCACCUUUCCAAAAAAAAAAAUCUAAAAAAUGGAUAUCCUAUAUAUAAAUCUAUAUUUAAAAUGAGUUUUUUUAGACAGAGCAUUCUAAAUGAACUUCAAAAAAAUGGGUUUGGAAUAUAUACAUUGAAAAUACUUAGGUUUUUAAAAAUCCAUAUUUUAAACCAGAACCUUUUAUAUUUUUUUAUUUUUACUUAAUCUUUUUUGAGUGCCAAUGAUUUUCUAGGUAUUAUAUAUAAAUAUAGACUUUAGUCCCGAGGACUAUUCCCACAUAAUUCACACCGGAGUGAAUGAAAUUGUACUUAAUUUCUAGGGAAAAAAAUACUCAGGUCCCCAAGUAAGACACUGUUUUGCCCGCUUGAGAUUUAUUUUGUACCUUUGGCACAAAUGUGUGAAAUUCCCAGAUGUGUUUGGCUAUCUAAAGGCAGCAUGUCUUAUCCUUGUGUUUCUUCUUAAAUACAAUCAGAAGUAAGUUAUCCACUUCUGAAGGAUUACUAUCAGUGGUCAUAUCAAACUGGUUAACUAAAAGUAUCACCCAAGUCUUUCUACAUAUUGAAAUUUGAGUGAGCUGCAAUGGAUUGCAAUGUUACAAUAUUCUUUCAUUUAUGGGUUGUACUGUCCUUCGCUGAUAUAGAACAGAUGUGACCCCUGUUGGGAACAGCCUAACCAGGAUUAUAAUAUCCCAUUUCCACAUCAAUACCUGCCUCUAAUAGCAACAAAUCUUCUAAGGGUGAACAUAACAGUCUUGCAGAAAAUGGAUGAAUACCUCUGUUUAAUAGAGGAAAUAUGCACUGCCCUUUUAUUAGUUAAAGGAAAUACCAAAGUUCCAUUUUACAAUAAGGCUAGAGUUUUGUAAAAUCUUGGGUCCACUUGUGACUAUUAUAAGACCAGAGUCUAUCUGACUUGAUCCCAAGCUCACUCUAGGAAUACGGUCUUCUCUGUGCAUUUUGUGAAUAGUAACCAUACUUUUAAAUCUGUAUUGUCAAUGAAAAUUUUACUUGAAAUUGAAGUGAGGUUGUCUUUUGUUAUGUUUUUAACCUAUAGGAUAAGAUUCAGUGUUGUAUAUGAAUUUCAGUAACAAUAAAAUCAAAUCAUGUACAUCGGAAAUAUUUGCACAUAUUUUUAUUAAAUGUAAAGUUGCCUUUCAUACUACUUGGAUGUGUCCUUCCUGAACAAAAUUAUUAAAUGUACUAAAAAUGCUACAUUUUAAGUUUGCCAUUACUCUCAACAGCCAUGAUUUUGAUGUAUUCUUUAUAGCUCCACUUUUAUUUGUACGCAAAUGUCUUUUUGUAAAGACUUUUCAUGCAAUAAACGUUGCAAAAAAGCUCA